GAAGCACUAUAAUAUAACAAGAACAAAGAGAAAUGAGAAAAAUUCAAGCUAAAUUACGGGAACUGAAUGAAGAAAUAUAGUUGCAGAUACUAAUUUCAUGCUGAUAUACUGACACCAACUCGGAAAUUGUUGAAAUUCCGCUUCAAAACGAUGAAAUCAAACCUCACCAACAUUCCUGAUCCAGGCGGCCGUUACCAGCUGGGUGACGUCUUUGGCUUCGGUGUCUAUGGCAAAGUUUUUUCGGCGAACGAUACGCAGGCAAGCGAUAAGAAGGUGGCCAUCAAGCUGCAGAAGUCCGGACCUGAGACAGAGAAGUUCAUCGAAGAAGAGUACAAGAUACUGAGGGAUCUGAGCGCGCAUGCGAAUAUAGUAGACUUCUAUGGGGUGUUCAGGAGAUCCGAAGAAAUAUGGUUUAUUCUGGAGCCGUGCGAAGGAGGUCCAGUUGUCGAUCUGGUGAAUGCUUUACUAGCAAAAAACAGACGGAUGGCCGAAGAACAUAUCGCAUAUGUCAUCAAGGAGACUGUCAAAGCAGUUGUCCAUCUUCACGAAAACAAUGUUAUCCACAGAGACAUCAGAGGCAGCAACAUACUCCUAACUAAAGAAGGAGAAGUGAAACUAUGCGACUUCGGUUUGUCAAAGAGAAGAAGAAGCCAAGAGGAAAAACUUUCCGAUUGUGUUGGAUCACCUUGCUGGAUAGCUCCUGAAGUAGUGAUUGCUGAAAACAAUGGAGACGGUGGAUAUGACUCCAGAGCUGAUGUAUGGUCGAUUGGAAUAACGGUUAUUGAAUUAGGAGAUGGUAAGCCUCCUCUUCAGGAUAUGCAUCCAACUAGAGCUCUUUUCCAAAUUGCAACAAAUCCACCUCCAACAGUAUCGAAGCUUUCCAAUUGGUCAGAAAAUUAUCACGAUUUCAUCAACGAAUGUUUAGUGAAGAACUAUGAUCAUCGUCCAUACAGCAUAGAACUCAUUGAACAUCCAUUCCUACAGCAAGUUCCAGAAAAUAACCAUCAUUUAUCCCUUGAGCUGAAAUCUCUCGUAUUCGACGUUGGCUUGACAUAUCCAACAAAACGAAAGCCUGAGAGAAGCGUCAACGGAAAGCUCUUGAAGAAGGGCAUAGAUGACAGCAUGGAACCGAUGUAUGAGGAAGACUUAGCAGCUCUACCCACGAUCAAUGAACGGGAAGUCUUGGAUCUGCUGCAGAAGAGAUUCGAUUUGGGACAAUGCUAUUCUUUCAUCGGAGAUAUAUUGCUAUCGCUCAAUCCCAAUGAGAAAAAGAAAAUGUUUGGUAAAGAGUUUCACCAGAGAUAUCAAUCAAAAUCCAGAUCUGACAACGCACCACACAUCUACGCUAUUGGAGAUACUGCGUACAAAAACGCCCUUCAUCACUCUAUCCCUCAACAAAUAGUUUUCUCAGGCGAAACUGGAUCAGGAAAAACUACCAAUUACCUUCAUCUGAUCGACCACCUAUUCUUCUUGGGUGAAAAGACCAGCAUCAGCUCAUCCAGGAUCAAGAAUGCUGUGAAAUUGGCACAUUCACUUAUUCAUGCUUCUACUCCUUCGAAUGUUUAUUCUACUAGAGGCGUUUUCAAGUCUAAAAUAUCAUACGGAAAUACAGGAAAACUUAGUGGAGCUAGUUUCACAGUGCACUGUUUGGAGAAGAGUAGAGUUUCUUCAAUUGAUUCGAAACAAGGUAACUUCCAUAUAUUAUUCUAUCUUUACGAUGGAAUGGUGGCAGCAAGCACAUACGAAAAAUACAAACUGAACCCGAACAGGACCUACCGUUAUUUGAGAACCUCAGAACAUUCUGAUCUUCCACAGCCCAAAAACGACAUCGAUAGCAACAUCAACAAAUACAUCUUGUUGUGCAGUUACCUGGAUGAACUGGAAUUCACUAUGGAGCAAAUAAUAACAAUCCAUUCAAUAAUAGCAGCCAUUUUGAAUCUUGGCGAAGCUAGGUUCGAAGAAGCAGACAAUUCAAAAGCUGUUCUGCAGAACAAAGAAGUGACAGAUAACUUUGCCGAGCUUCUGGAUAUUGAUAGCAAAAAGAUAUCUUGGGCCUUGACAAACUAUUGCUUGCUAGAUGAGGGUAACGUCAUAAGGCGAAGAAACAGUUGCGAGGAAGCUAGAGAAGCCAGAGACGUUCUAGCGAAUACACUAUACGCAAGAUUUGUCGACUAUAUAUUGAGUAUUAUAAAUAAUAAGUUAGCGUUCGGUAAAGCUAUAUUUGGUGACAGAUAUUCUAUAAGAAUUCUAGACUACCCUGGUUUUGAAUGUUUCAAGAAUAAUGGUUUCUCUCAACUCCUAGUCAACUCCCUGAAUGAACAACUGCAUUACCACUUUCUACAAAGAGUUUUUGCUUGGGAGUUGCAAGAUAACCAGAACGAAAAUGUGGAAUACACUCCAAUAACAUAUUAUAACAACAAAGAUGCUUUGAACGAACUGAUGGGAAAGCCUGAAGGACUUUUCUCAAUCGUGGAUGAUGCAUCUAAAAAAGGUCAUGGGAGCAGAUAUAUAAUAGAAAACUUGAAUAGUGUAGAAAAGAAGAAAGUACUUGCUACUCAGACUAAUAAAUUUGCUGUAGCUCAUUUUACUGGGAAGGUGACAUAUAAUGUGAGGGACAUGUCUGAGAAGAAUAGAGAUUAUCUAUCCCCAGAAAUAAUCGAAACAAUGAGAAGUUCAAAGAAUCCGAUAGUCAGUAUGCUAUUUUCCAACAAACUUGAUAGAACUGGAAAUCUGAUUGUCCCUUCAGAAGAAAUCAGGAAAUCAAAGUAUAGGUAUUCUCCGAAGAUAUCUAUAGAUAAACAAUAUUCACAAAUAAAAAAAAUGCGAACCGAAUCCACUGUGUUUCGCGCUCUAUGCCUAGAUCUUCUGAAGGAACUCUCAAUUGGCAUUGGACUCGGAGGCACGCACUUCGUGAAGUGUAUAAGGACAGAUUUAAAAGGAGUUCCUGGAAACUUCCACAGCGAGCUUAUCAAACAACAGAUAAGAGCGAUGGCAGUAGUUGAAUCAGCCAAAACCAGACAGCAGGGAUAUCCGCAGAGAAUUUCUUUUUCGGAAUUUUUGAGAAGGUACAAAUUUUUGGCAUUUGAUUUCGAUGAAAAUGUUGAAAUCACAAGAGACAACUGUAGACUGUUGAUGGUUCGAUUGAAAAUGGAACAUUGGGCUCUGGGUAAAUCCAAAGUAUUCUUGAAAUACUAUAACGAAGAGUAUCUUUCACGGUUAUAUGAGACUGAAGUGAAGAAAAUCAUAAAGAUACAAAGUAUUCUCAGAGGAUUUUUGGUGAAAUGUAGGAUGGCGAAAGAAAUAAAAAUGGAACAAAGAGAAUGCAUCGAAGAAAUUAAUAAACGAAGGAGAAGUAGUGCUUUAACGGAAGAAGAAGCAGCUGUGCUAAUACAAAAAGCUUACAGAAACAAUUUCAAGAGAAAAGAAAACAUUAAUCCCUACCAAAAACUCGAGGAAGACGAUCUCAACUUCAUCAAGCCAUUCGCCGGAAAGUGGAGAACCAAAUCGGUUUUUUCGGUUCUAAUGCUUUAUAGGAGCAUUAAAUCACAAGAUUUCUUCAAUUUAGCGCAACAGGUUCAUUUAUAUAAUAUGGAUGCUUUCCACAACUCACAGAAAACCACAGAUAUUAAUCUAGAAGACAUUGAUUCAAAAGCAACAGUUCCUUCAUGGCUUGGUUCAACAAAAAUUUUUAUGCUGAAACAGCAGUUCAGACUAGAAGAUAUUCCAUUUUACGAUACGUCUAAUAUGUGUGAUGUCCUAACCAAUGUUGGGAGUUAUUCGGAAAGAGAAGAACCCUGGGAUACCCCUUAUAUCUGGAGAAAAUCCAAAUCAACCACCAAAGAAGACGAAUCAGAAGAUGAGCAAGAUUUGAGAGAAACACUCACCAAUAUAACAUAUAACAGAGACCCAAAUGACGAAAUGACGAUACUUCCGAGUCCGGUUGAAUCUGAAGAUGAUACCAAAGAAACAAAACAAACUGUCAAUCAAGCCUUGAAACUAAGUAGAUCUCCAUCAGUCAUGAAACAUUCGCCUAAAAGAAAAUUCACGGAAGAGUGUUCUGUGAAGAUUGAUAAGCCAUUUUCCGGUAAUCUACGAAAAGUAGAUGACCGAAAGAACAAAAUGGAGCAGGACCUUCUGAAGAACUCUGCACCCGCCAAUAAAGAUUUCGAUUAUAUAAAACCCAGCCCAGUUGUGGUGAAGCCAAAGUACUCGGUGGAUCCGGUAGCUGAGCUGAGGAGCAUAGCUAGAAGAGAUCAGAGCUCUUCUGAAGAUGACCCCCCGUUCAACUUCCAGGCGAUGUUGAGGAAAACGAAUUUUCAGAGAGAGUCUGUGAAGAAAACGGUUCAGAAUAUAAGGAGGUUCUCUUUGAAAAAGAGUCAAUACGAGGAAGACUCAAAAAUGAUGAAUGGUGAUGUUGAAGAUGAGCCUAUUCUGACUAAACCUGUCUGUUUGGAGUUAUUUCCUGGAUUGAUAAUGGAGGGACUUGAAAUAGAGCUUUGAAUCAUAGAAGGCAUAAUCAGAAUGUGAGGUGUUAUUAUACAGGGUGUUUCAAAAAAACCUGACCUCUUCACUAGGGUAGGUAGAACACUGGAAAAUAAGUUGGGUUUUCUCCGUAAAGAAAUUUCGUUACGGCAUCCGUUAUCAAGAUACAAGAUGUUGAAAAAAUGAUUUUUUUACACAUUUUUCAAGAUUAUGUCGAAACUACUGGCAACAUUGUGAUGAAAUUUUGUAUGGAUGAUUCUUGGAAUCUGACACAUUGCAUGCAUUUGUUUUUAUUCCUGACUCUCAUAGAGGGCGCUAGUUACACGGUUCGUACCGAGUAGUUUUGGACAUUACUUCUCUAAGGUUAGAUUUUUC